AGUUUCAGCCACUUUCCACCAAUUCCUGCAUCCACUGCAAGAUAUUCUCUGGAAACUUUCAAUUAAAAUUGUGGCUUGAAAAAACAUCGCAACGAUAUUUUCAGAUAACACAAUGUGGGUUUCAGUUUGUGUUGCCUGUUUGGCGAUGAUACAUGUAGCUCUUCUGUUGAGUGGCCAGGUGGAAUGCCUUGACAGUCAAUGUGAUGGAUAUCAUCAUCAAAUGUUCAGCGCAGAAAACAGAGCUCUGAAACACUCCACAUUCAUGAAGAAAACUGUAUCAAAUCAUGUCAUAUGUGGACGAGACUGCUACAUUGAUAAGAACUGUAAGUCUUUCAACUUCAACAAAUGCAAAAAACUGUGUGAGUUAAACAACGGUACGAGAGCUCUGCAUCCUGAAGAUUUCCUUGAAGAUCAAGGGAGUGUUUACUUUGAUACAGAUGAGGACACAGUUCUCUUCUCUUUGCCAGAUAGUUCUCUUCAUCACUACAAAAGUUGUAAGGAGAUGUUAGAGGCAUGUUACUCCAGGAGCGAUGUAUACGUAAUCUACCCAGAAUGGUUAUCUGAUGGUCUGGAAGUCUUCUGUGACAUGGAGACUGAUGGAGGGGGAUGGAUUGUGUUUCAGAGACGGCAGGACGGCAGUGUGGACUUCUACCGCACCUGGGCUGAGUACAAGUCUGGCUUUGGUAAUCUUUCUGGUGAGUUCUGGCUGGGUAAUGAUAACUUAAUGACGUUAACGUCUGAUGACUCACAGGGACCAUGGGAGCUUAGGGUGGAUCUUUACGACAAUAACGAAACGGCAUUUGCGAAGUAUGAAGAUUUCAAGAUUGUUGGUGCAAACUACACUCUUGAGUUUGGUGCAUACGAUGCAAGCAGUACUGCUGGUGACUCUCUUGAUUGGUACAACGGACUGCCCUUUUCAACGAUGGAUAAUGACAAUGAUGAGUGGGAAUAUAACAUGGCUGCACGUCAUGAAGGAGCCUGGUGGUUUUCUGAAAGUCCUCUAUCUCACUUAAAUGGUAAAUAUUACCCAACUGGUCCUCAUGAACAUGAUAACGGUAUCCAGUGGCAUACUUGGCGAUUUCAAUAUUCACUCUCAAAAUGCAGCAUGAAAAUCCGUUAAAAUCACUUCUGAAUGAUUCGUUUUAAUCUUGUUCAGAUUAAAUUAAUGAAAGCAAUAUUUACAGUUAUUAAUCUCACUAAAACGGUAUUUAUAAUCCAAGUUUAUACAUUCGUAACCAUUGUGUCCCUCUGAUUACCGUCACCUGGCGCCAAAUUACUUACGCAGCGCAUGGGCAAUAGUUAGCUGUAAGAAAACCAUUUGAUUGUGUGGCUUCUUACAUUCCUAUGAAGUUUUAAAUUCAAUCAAAUUUUGCUACAACAUAAAAAAGGAAUGUAGGCUACACAUAAUAAUAAUAAAUAAUAAUAAGACUUGUAAUGCGCACGUAUCCACCCUGC